AUCGACAAAUUCUCUGGUCACUAAUUGCACGCGUAUAUAUAUAUGGGUGCACAAAAUCUUUGCAUGCUAAACAUUACGUGAUGAUGGUUUUUGAAGAGGUAAGACGUGUGGCUCUGUUUUUCGGGAUUUGAGUUCCUGAGACAUUCGGAUGAUUACCAGUUUGAUGUUCGUCUCUUCCAGCUCCCUUGCGCUCUCUUUCGCGGCUUAACGUGACCCAUUCAAAACUCAAGAAUGCGGAAGAAACCUAAUUUCACCUUUGAUAUUAGUAAUAUUAAAUGGUUGCUUACACAACCUACGCAAGUGAACGAGGCAAAAUUGCAAUAUUACUCCUCAAUCUAUUCUUUGUCAGAGUAUAUCGUAUAUGAGAAAUAACGCACCGCACUGUUAGGUGAUCUUGAUUGAAAAUCGCUUGUAUUGGUUGCUGACAGGAGAAUGCAUUGAAGUGAUAGGCCAGGAUGGAUUAUUUCUAAAAUUUGAGAAAAUGGUCUGUCCAAAUUCCGUUAUCCCGAAUCCAGUUAAUAACUUUGAAACCUUAUUUAUUAACAACGUUUAAUCAGUAGUUAUGGAUGAAGAAGAUCCAAAAGAGUACCGCUGGGAGAGUGGAUACGAAAAAACAUGGGAGGCCGUCACGGAGGACACCGCUGGCCGCAUCGAGUCGUCCGUCACAGACAUGGUGCUGCGCAGCAAGCGCAAGCGAAUGCUUGCACGUCAGGAGGCAGGAGUGCGUCUUGGCAUCAUGCGACACGUCUUCAUCGUCUUGGACAUGUCCAGCGCCAUGAACGAACAAGACCUCAAGCCAACUCGUCACCACUGCCUCGUCAAGAUUUUACAAGAGUUUGUUCCGGAAUUCCACGAGCAGAAUCCCAUCAGUCAGCUCGGCCUCAUCAUCACACAUAACAAAAUAGCCAAGAAGUUCACGGACCUCAGCAACAACCCUCUGAAGCACCUCGAGAACCUGACGAAGCUAUUGGAGGUUCCUUGUCGAGGCGAGCCAAGCCUUCAGAACUCCCUUGAGCUGGCGGUGUCUUCUCUAUGCCACCUGCCGCCCCACACCUCGCGUGAAGUUCUCAUCCUCUACGCUGCCCUCACCACCUGCGACCCUGGCGAGAUCAGCCAGACCAUACAGAAAGUCCAUGCCAACAACAUUCGAGUAUCCGUGGUGGGACUCGCUGCUGAACUGCACAUCUGCAAACUGCUCAGCUCAACAACCGGCGGUACAUUUUCGGUUUGUCUCAAUGACCUCCACCUGCGAGAGCUGGUGCGUGACCAGCUCGAGCCUCCACCAGCCGCCGCCAGCAUGGACCACACGCUCAUCAAAGUCGGCUUCCCACAUCAGGUGACGGCGAACGCGAAGCCUGCGAUGUGCAUGUGUCACCUCGACGACUUUCCCAGCCUCAGCACCCGCGGCUACUACUGCCCUCAGUGCAACGCCAAAUACUGCGACCUGCCUGCCGAGUGCCGCGUGUGUGGCCUCAUGCUGGUCACGGCGCCCCACCUAGCCAGGAGCUACAGACAUUUGUUUCCACUGAAGCAGUUCGUCGAGGAGGAGUAUAGUGCUGAUUUGGCCCCCAACUGCUAUGGCUGCUUCAAGCUCUUCGACAAAGACGGUUUCGAUAAGCAUGUAUACCGGUGCAGCAGCUGUAAGCAGCUCUUCUGUGUAGACUGCGACAUUUUCCUGCAUGACACCGUCCACACGUGUCCAGGCUGUGCCUCCAACCCCCACUUUUGAAGACCUGGUGGUGACCACAGAAUUACGAUAAUAACUAUACUUUUGUAUGCUGUUAAUGAUGCGUUGGCAUCAGAAACGAACAAUCGAUUUGAUUCGCAGCCAAGAGAGCAUCGCGAUUCAUAUCUAACUGUGAUACUUUGUAACAUUUUAGAAUAUACUACGAAUACUGUGAAA